AUGCGGAAGGAACUGCCGGUAGGAACGCGAAAUCGGAGAGACGAUGCAGCAGGCAGCACACACUGCGUCGAUGGCUCAAGAAAGGAAGAAAAGGAUACGCAGGAAGGUGGUGGCAUGCAGCCGCUACCCCUAGCGUUCCCAACAGCUUCAUGGUCUUCUUAUCAUCCCAGCGACCUGGAGAGCAGCUACAGCGACAGCUCGUGCAAGUCGCUCCACUCUGGCACGUAUUCACAUACCAGCGGAUCCACAUAUGAAGACCUCUCUCUAAGCCCCGACAAUGAUGGUUCUCCACGGCAGUCUACCAUCCUCUCGCUGCGGGGUGCAGACACGAGGCAACUUCCCUACGGCAAAACUGCACAACUCAAGAACCGCUGCGCCUUUGGGAGGUACCCAAAACACUGGAGGCCCUGGAGACUUGGCUCAUGCAGAGAAAAUCAAACACCGGAGAGAGCUAAUGCCAUGCUCUAUGUUGCACUGACAGAUCCAGUUCUGUCGACAUCAGUGUUGCUAGCUACAGACGGAAAAACGCCAAGAAGCCCCUCUGGGAAGGAAGAGAGCGCCAAGGAGUCGACUGUCGUUUCCCUAUCCACGCUUCUUGGGUUAGCGUGCAUCCUCGCAUUUGUGGCCUUUGCUCUUGGCUUCGCCAUUGGGUGCUCUCUCGUGCGGCCGCGACCUUCAAGAGGAGCUGCCAUCAUAGCUGCAUUCCCGCUAGCCAGCCGGCUUGCAGAUUCGGGCAGGGAAACCGAAGACUUCUUUGCGUCUUCAUUGUCCUCUCGUACAACUCAGUCCUUGGAGCACCUGAUUAAAAAUGAAAGAAAGCUUACUCACGACACUGACGAGACUCCUGCACGAGGCAAUGUGGAGAAGACUCAAGAAGCAACGUCACGCAGCGCUGCGUUUCUCGUUCUGGAAGUGACUCAGACUCAACCAGAGGCCAAAGAGCCUGUGGCAGUUUUGAAAGGCUUCUUCGGCGGGACAGAGUCCGGCGUGUCUGUAUUGGAAUAUAUUCCUGCCCCGCUAGCUGGCAGGACAGCAGAAGAGUCAUGCUUCACUCCACAGUCAUUUGCUUCAGAGAGAGGAAAUGCAAGUGUUUCCUCCCCAUUCAAGCCAGCAAACAUUGAGGAUACUCCACCUUUAGAAAGUGGGAAUUUCCUCUCGGGCACGAGUGAGGGCAACGUUUCCGCGAAUGCUCCCAUAGUGCCAACGAGAAAUGAGUUUCUUACCGUUAUGCCACACUUUACUGAUGCAGCAGAAAGCCCAACUCAUUCUGAGUCACUCGGACCCACAUUUGCUUUGCUUACCCCAGCGCUUGAUCGUGCCUGUGAAUCGACGAUUGAAGCAGGCUACCACAGUGUUGAUCAGGCACUGCACGAUUUGCCCCCGUUGGCAAGUGGGGCUUCGUCGAAGAUGUUCUGGGGUUCCUUUCUGCCUCUUAGCGGAGAUGCCAUUUCGGGUAUAGGGCAGGUAGGAGAAAAAAGUAGUGACAAACAUGGCAGGCACGACGUUGGGCAAGCAUCAACGCUGAAGGAAAAUAAACCAAAAGGCGGUCGGUCCAACCCAGAGGAGAUGAUCGAUAUUGCUGGUCCAGUUCCUAUGCCGUUUCUUGAGCCUUCACGGAUAGCAAGCGGAAAUGACUGGCGUUCAAGCACGGUGCCUGUCGGGGUAUCGGGGAAUCGGAAGCUCCUUUCCGUAUUUCAACGUCUCUUCGGCUCCAGCCCUAGAGACAGGAUGCUCAAAAGCAGUUCAACAAGCCCGAUUAUAGGAGCGCUAAGUGACAGCUCAACAGACGCAGAGGAAGGGUUAACAGGCAAAUCAUAUGACGGUAGCAGCAGUGCUAACAAUCCAGCAACGGAACCAAAGGGGCAGCCAAAACAACCUUCAGUAGGGGCAAAUAGUGGCCCUUACCUGUUGUCCGUGGCAUUCCAUCCAAUGGCCGACGCUCAGGGGAGCGGAUUCAAAGCAAAGGAGCUCCUGAUUAGUCUAAAUCACGUUGUGACGUCUCAUGAAAUGUAUGAAAACCUUAUCCAGGACUGCCGCCUAGGUAGAGUGUACGUGCAGCUGAGCAGCGCACUUGCCUACUAUACGCUGUUUUAUUGGGACGACGUGGAGUACCACCGGUUCCUUCCAUUUCCUUUGAGCUGUAUGCUUAAGGAUACAGCGAGCUCCGCGGGCACUCCUAAACCGAUAAAGUGGCACCGGCCUCCCGAAAUUGCAGAGUCCACACUUCUUUGA